AUUCAUAAAUAAAAGCACUGCGGCUCAAGCUUCUGUUCAUUCCUCUAUAUCUAUGUGUAUAAAUUAAAUACCCACCACAUUGAUUAUACAUCUUUGAUUCAAAGUUUGAUAAGAAAAUAAAAAAUAGUUAAGAGAAGUGAAAAUAUAACAUGGGUUCUGUGUCGGAAACCGUUUGCGUUACCGGGGCUUCAGGUUUCAUCGGAUCAUGGCUUAUCAUGAGACUUAUGGAGCGCGGGUACACGGUUCGAGCCACCGUACGCGAUCCAGAUAACAUGAAGAAGGUGAAUCAUUUGUUGGAACUACCAGGUGCAAAGACCAAUUUGACCCUGUGGAAAGCUGAUCUUGCUGAAGAGGGAAGCUUUCAUGAACCCAUUAAAGGGUGUACAGGAGUUUUUCAUGUGGCCACCCCAAUGGACUUUGACUCUAAGGACCCUGAGAAUGAAGUGAUAAAACCUACAAUAAAUGGAUUACUAGACAUAUUGAAAGCAUGUGAGAAGGCAAAAACAGUUAGAAGAUUGGUAUUUACAUCAUCAGCUGGAACUGUGGAUGUUACUGAGAAUUCAAAGUCCAUCUUCGAUGAGACUUGUUGGAGCGACGUUGACUUCUGCCGGAGAGUCAAAAUGACGGGUUGGAUGUAUUUUGUUUCAAAGACAUUGGCAGAGCAAGAAGCAUGGAAGUUUGCUAAACAGAACAACAUAGACUUUGUUUCAAUCAUUCCACCGCUUGUUGUUGGCCCCUUUCUUAUGCCCACAAUGCCACCAAGUCUAAUCACUGCUCUUUCACUUAUCACAGGAAAUGAGGCCCAUUAUGCAAUCAUAAAGCAAGGGCAAUACGUCCACUUAGACGACCUAUGUCUUGCUCAUAUAUUUCUGUUUGAGAAUCCAAAAGCUGAAGGGAGAUACAUAUGCUGUUCACAUGAGGCAACCAUUCAUGAUGUUGCAACACUUAUUAAUAAAAAAUACCCCCACUUCAAUGUCCCUACAAAAUUCAAGGAUAUCCCAGAUCAAUUGGAAAUUAUUAAAUUUUCUUCAAAAAAGAUCACUGAGUUGGGAUUCAAAUUUAAGUACAGCUUAGAGGACAUGUUCACAGGAGCAGUAGAAACCUGUAGAGAAAAAGGGAUUCUUCCUAAAGCUGCACAAACUGAUCCAGUCAAUGGUACCACCACGCAGAAAUGAAGAUGCUUUUGUGUCUCUGGUGGAUUUGUCAAUUUGUGUGCGGCUUUUUCUUUUUUUGUGAUUAAUUAAGGUUUAUAUGUGCUUUAUGAAAUGCUAAUCAUAAUUAAUAUUCCAUGUUUAUGAGCCAAGUUGUCUUUUAUUUAUAUAACUCAUUAUAUUAUGAGUUUAUGAUUGUUGUAUGUUAAUGAUAUUGAGUAUAAAGAAAAUCAAAAGGUGAAUAAGGAGAUUUAUUACGUGACAUAAAGAAAA